UAGUUGAACUGGUAGUGGUAGCGGCGUGGUCACGUGACUGGUGGUACCGUCAAGGCAGCACUAGUUAACAACAUGGCCGCUCCUCAGCCACCACAGGUCUGCCGGGGGAUUAUUAAGCAGGUUUUAUCUGGCGAUGCUGUCAUUGUUCGUGGGCAGCCCAAAGGGGGGCCUCCCCCGGAGAGACAAAUCAACUUUUCCAAUGUUGUUGCUCCACGUACAGCUCGACGAGCGACAUCAAAUGCUCCCGAGACUACUGACGAUCCUUAUGGCUGGGAGAGCAGAGAAUUUUUGCGCAAGAAGGUGAUUGGCAAGGAAGUUCUUUUUACAGUUGAAACAAAGACUUCUACUGGAAGAGAAUAUGGUUCUAUUUACCUUGGCAAAGACAUUGCCACUGGAGAAAACUUGACUGAAGUAAUGGUUGCGGAAGGUCUUGUGGCAGUAAGACGAGAAAAUAUCAGAGAGAGUAAUCUGAUUGAUCUUGAAGAGACUGCCAGAAGCCAGGGCAAGGGAAAGUGGGCAAGUGAUGAUGCAAAGCAUGUUCGCAGUGUCAAAUGGACAUGUGAAAAUAUGCGCUCUUUCGUGGACAAGGCUAAGGGAAAACCCAUUGAAGCUGUAAUUGAGCAUGUCCGUGAUGGUUCUACAGUUCGUUGUUUCCUCCUCCCAGAUUUUCAUUAUAUUACUCUCAUGAUUUCUGGGAUUAGGUGCCCAAUGAAUAAACUAGAUUCUGAGGGCAAGCUUGACAAGUCAAGUAGUGAACCAUUUGCUGAUGAAGCCCGCUACUUCACAGAAUCUAGACUGCUACAAAGAGAUGUAGAGAUCAUUCUGGAAACUUUCAACAACAAUAACUUUGUUGGCUCGAUCAUCCAUCCGAAUGGAAACAUUGCUGAAGCAUUGUUACGCGAAGGCUUUGCCAGAUGUGUUGAUUGGUCCAUAGCAACAGUAACAGGAGGACCAGAAAAAUUGAGGGCUGCAGAAAAACAAGCCAAAGAAAAGCAGCUUCGGCUGUGGGCAGAUUACAAGCCCUCGAGUCUAACAAUUGCUGACAAGGACAAGGAAUUCACUGGCAAAGUGGUAGAAGUUGUUAAUGGUGAUGCUUUAGUAGUAAAACGGCAAGAUGGCACAACUAAAAAAAUAUUCUUGUCCAGUGUAAGGCCUCCAAGACUUCCGGAUUCAGAUACUCCUAGACCACCAGGCAAGAACUUCCGUCCCCUCUACGACAUUCCUUGGUUGUUUGAGGCACGAGAGUUCUUGCGUAAAAAGCUCAUUGGACAGAAGGUUCAUUGCACGGUUGAUUAUAUCCAGCCGGCUCAGAAUAACUUCCCUGAAAAAACCUGCUGUACUGUCAAAAUUGGAGAUGUAAAUGUGGGUGAAGCCAUGGUGAGCAAAGGCUAUGCUACAGUUAUCAGAUACAGACAAGACGAUGAUCAGCGUGCCAGUUGUUAUGAUGAUUUGCUGUCUGCAGAAGCCAAAGCUAUUAAGUCAGCAAAGGGUCUGCACAACAAAAAGGAGACACCCAUUCACAGAGUUGCCGACAUCUCUAGUGAUGUUGGAAAAGCCAAGGGCUUCCUACCCUUCCUCCAACGUGCUGGUCGUACUGAAGCAGUGGUAGAGUUUGUGGCGUCAGGUUCACGUGUCCGUCUGUUUAUACCCAGGGAGACUUGUCUCAUCACAUUCCUACUGGCAGGCAUCAGCUGUCCCAGAGCUACACGACCAGCUCCUGGAGGUGUUGGUGGCACUCUUCCUGGUGAAUCUUAUGGUGAAGAGGCUCUCGCAUUGACCAAGAAUCUUGUGUUGCAGCGAGAGGUUGAGAUUGAGGUUGACUCCAUGGACAAAGGUGGAAACUUCAUUGGCUGGCUUCAUGUAGAAAACAAGAACCUUUCUGUUCUUCUUGUUGAAGAAGGCCUCAGCUCAGUUCACUUCACAGCUGAAUCGUCUAAGUUUUAUCAUUUGCUCACUGCGGCACAAGACUCUGCGAAAGCGAAGAAACUUAAUAUUUGGGCAAACUUUGUUGAGGAAGAAAAAGAGGACAAGGCUGAGGAAACUGUAAGCGAGCGCAAAGUAGACUACAAGCCCAUGAUGAUUGCUACAGUGACCCGGGAAGGUGUCUUGUAUGGUCAGUAUUGCUCUGAGGGACCCGCCCUUGAACAAAUGAUGGAUAACCUUCGAACAGAAUUUGAAAGCAAGCCACCACUUGGAGGAGCCUAUAGUCCCAAACGAGGUGAUCUGUGUGCUGCUCAGUUCACAGAUGGUCUCUGGUAUCGUGCUAAGGUUGAAAAGGUUGCUGGAAGUAACGUAUCUGUACGUUAUAUUGACUAUGGCAAUAGAGAAGUUACUCAGUCUCUAAAAUGUGCAUCACUUCCUGGCAGUUUUUCAUCUGCACCUCCCUAUGCACAUGAACUACACUUAGCCCUAGUGAAGUUCAGCAAAGAUGAUGACUAUGUUGAUGAUGCAUUGCAAUUACUAAUGGGUGAAGUAAUGGAGCGAGAGGUUCUGGUCAACAGAGAAUACCGUAAUGGUGGUUUCGAUUUUGUGACCAUCCAGCGAGCAGACACUAAAGCUGACGUAGCUCGCACACUGCUCUCCCAAGGUUUGCUGUUGCUUGAUGAACGCAAAGACAAGAGAUUGCAGUCUCUGGUGAGUGAAUACCGCAGUGCCCAGGAAGAAGCAAAAAGGAAACACUUGAGCAUAUGGCAGUAUGGUGAUGUUACUGACGAUGAUGCCCACGAGUUUGGUAUGGAACGGUAAAGAGCGCUGCAGUCUGCACAUUUUUUAAUGCAGACUUAAAUAUAAUAAAAAAAAAAAAGUGGUGACUGAAGUUUUAAGAUAACGUUACAUGGGGAAACUACUGUAAUACAAAACAUUGGUGAUAGUGGACACACUUAUAUACUUUGGUAUAUAGAAAUUUAGGCGAUAUGAACAAUGCACUUAAUUUUCACCAUUAAUGCUCCUAGAUGUGCGAAACUUGCCUCACAAAAUACUUGCCAAUAUUGCCUAUUGGUGAAGGUUAUCAUCAGUGUUCUCUGUUGCCAUGGUCACUUGUGUAUUUGUAGCAUACCUAUUUUUCACUGAAAGGCAAUUUGUGUACACUGUCUUCAGUUGAAUGCGACUGCCAGAGCCGUUUGGUAUUUAUUUUAACGACAUUUAUGUUUUAAGUGUUUGUGCAUAAAACCAUGUUAAUUUUCAUUGGCUAUUGGAUUUUUUCUCUUUUUGAGGUGUUUCCUCAAGGUGUGUCAGUCCACUAGCUUUCUAAGUUUGCUUGGUGUCUACUCAACCUCAGCCCCUAAACUCUGGUAGUGAACGAUUUGGCUGAAGGUGUGGUGUAACGAAUGUAAAUGAUCUUUUUUGGCAUCUGUUGCAUCUUGCAUACAAAGGUUGUUUCUAAAUCCUAAGUAUUUAUGAAUGGCUAAGCUCUCCAACUAGUGGAGAUUAAUCUUUGAAAUUUUUAUUUAUAUUUUAUACUUCGUAAUUUUUUUUUAAGCAUGUAUGCGGCCUGCACUUUAUAAAAAUUUAUACGUGCCGAAUAAAGCAUUGUAGAUGCUAUUUUUAGCAUCUGGAAGACGAUUUUAGUUAAUUUAACUAACACUGUUGUAAUUAGUAUAUUUCGCAGAGAUUAUAUGCAGAUUAAUGGGUACCAAUAUUCUUCUAUAUUUGAAGAUGUACAUAUGAAAGUUAUAACUAGAGUAUUACAUCCAUUGACAUAAUCAUGUCUACAGUUUGUCAUUGUCCAGUGACUUCUACACCACUUUUAUAUAAUUCACAAAGUUUAUUUUUUGAAAUUGUUGUUAUUUAAAUCCAGUUGUUUUAAGGGUAGAAGGAAGGGACACCAUGGGUGAAUUUUUUGAAAUUAAUAUAAAUGUCUUAUACUGUAUUAAGUGCCUUUUAUUCUGACAAUUUUUCCAUUAUGAAUUAUAUUUAGAAUGAUGCUUAAUUAAUUUUAUUUGUUUUGCAUAGGUACAAAAAUGUAGUUAGAUUUCCAUUAGUACUUAACUACAUUUAUCUUUGCUAAAGUUUGACAUUAGGGACAUCAUUUGCAUGUUUGAGAUUCACUGGAAGAUAGGAAUAGCUACCAUAUUUAAUAUUCAACUUGCUUGACAUGAACCAUGCAUGUAAACUGUUCUUUCUUUCAACACACCGGCCGUAUCCCACCAAGGCAGGGUGGCCCAAAAAGAAAAACAAAAGUAUGUAAACUCUUAUGGUUUAAAAUUAAUAUGGAACCCAUUAAUCAAUUAUAUAAAUAAAUAUGAAGCAAG